UGUUUGGUGGGUGGUGCGUAAGGUCGCUCUGGGCACGAGGGCGCCCAUCUCACUAGGCCGCUUGGUUCUAGGAGCGGAUCCCGGGCAGGGUGAGAAGAACGUCGGGUCGGGGCAGCUGCUACAGCUCCCGGGGAGUCUGCCCCGCAGCCCGUCUGCCCGCGCUUCGCGGGCCCUGCGGGUCAGGAUCAGAUCAACCAUUGACUUGCCCUCUAACAUAGUCAGCUGAAAGCAGCUUCAAGAUUCUUCAGGAUGCCUGCUGCACUUGUGGAGAACAGCCAGGUCAUCUGUGAAGUCUGGGCCAGCAAUCUAGAAGAAGAGAUGAGGAAGAUCCGAGAAAUUGUGCUUAGUUACAGUUAUAUUGCCAUGGACACAGAAUUUCCAGGUGUUGUGGUGCGACCAAUUGGUGAAUUUCGUAGUUCCAUAGAUUACCAGUAUCAGCUUUUACGGUGCAAUGUUGACCUUUUAAAAAUUAUCCAGCUGGGCCUUACAUUCACGAAUGAGAAGGGAGAAUAUCCUUCUGGAAUCAACACUUGGCAGUUUAACUUCAAAUUCAACCUUACAGAGGACAUGUACUCCCAGGAUUCCAUAGAUCUCCUUGCUAACUCAGGACUCCAGUUUCAGAAGCAUGAAGAGGAAGGGAUUGACACGUUGCACUUUGCAGAGCUGCUUAUGACAUCAGGGGUGGUUCUCUGUGACAACGUCAAGUGGCUUUCAUUUCACAGUGGCUAUGACUUUGGCUACAUGGUAAAGUUACUUACAGAUUCUCGCCUGCCAGAAGAGGAACAUGAAUUCUUUCAUAUUCUGAACCUUUUCUUCCCAUCCAUUUAUGAUGUGAAAUACCUGAUGAAGAGUUGCAAAAAUCUUAAGGGAGGUCUUCAGGAAGUUGCCGAUCAGUUGGAUUUGCAGAGAAUUGGGAGGCAGCACCAGGCAGGCUCAGACUCGCUGCUGACGGGAAUGGCAUUCUUCAGGAUGAAAGAGUUGUUUUUUGAGGACAGUAUUGAUGAUGCCAAAUACUGUGGGCGGCUCUAUGGCCUAGGCACGGGAGUGGCCCAGAAGCAGAAUGAGGACGUGGACUCUGCCCAGGAGAAGAUGAGCAUCCUGGCGAUCAUCAACAACAUGCAGCAGUGAUGGCGGCGGGGCUCUGCAGGGCGGGCCUGGUCCCAGAGUGGUGCUGACUGUGCUGACUGUGUACUUACCUUCCCACCCAAGAGAGACCACUUCUUUUGAGCAAACUGUACCUGCCAUCUGCAUUGACAAAGACUUUUGUUCUACUGAAGACAAAAGAUGUCUUUAUUUUAGAUUCAGAAGAAGGGAGUUUGCUCUCAAUUUGUAAACACAUCUUCCCUGUUCCUCAUCCCUGCGCCUCUCCAGUUGCCUCUUGCCACCAGCAUCCAUGCCUCAUUUGAUACCUUUUAAAAUCCAGGACAAGUCAGAAACAUACUAGUAAAAUGUAUAUAACUCUUACCUGUUGUCAUUCUUCUUUUAAAUUUGUUGCUAAUGUCUGAAGAUGAUGAUUCUCAGCUGAGCUGAGGGCUUCGUGGGAAAGUGGAACAAAAAGGUGGUCUUGUGAAGUGGGUAAUAGACGUUGAGUCCUUUCCUUUCCUUCCGUUCUUUUGUUUAUUUUGACCCUUCUCGAGGACCUUUUCCUCACACUUGGUUAGUUUUUCUUUAUGUGCUGUUAUGUGGAAAUGAAUUACUCAGUGCUGAAACACGAAGACCAGAUAAUGAAAGCUUUCCUUAAAAACGACAUUCUACUGAAUCUAUCUACCCCUUUAUUCAUAGGGAACUCCAGAAUGGUAUUAAAUUAGCCAGCCUCAAGGGUCUUUGUCUGUGUUCCAUUGUGCCACUGAGAUUUGCUGUCAUAUGUGCAUCAUUUGAAAUCAAUUUAAGUUUUCAUAAAAUAUCCUGGAUUUGAUCCUGAGCACAUCUUUGGAUCAUAAGUCUGUUGUAUUUUCAGUAAUGUGAUUUCAGAUGGUUAUCUGUAUUCUCCCACCUCUCUUCUCUUUUCCCUGCCUUUCCUUUUCAGCAGACUGAGAAGUUGGGGCGGUGAAUUAAUGUGAGUUCCAGGAAUGUGAGUCUUUUAAAAAGUUACCGUAGUUACAUGUAAACAGGGCAGUCAGGAAUUUGGUUUAUAGGGUUCUCUUUGAGUAAUAUCCCACAACUGGGGUAGGAAGCUCAGGACUAAGAUUUUUUUUUUUUUUUUUUUUUUUUAAUACUAGGGUAUCAUUUAAAAAGUACACUGUAUUUUUUUUUUUUUUUGAAUGACUAUGGUAUGGACAAUUUCAAAAAACCAAAAACUCCUUUGUAAUAGUGGAAAUGGAAACUGGUAACUCACUGAUGGAUAAAUAGUCUUGCAUUUUAAAAGCUUAUGAGAAACUCAAUUUGAAAUGAUUAAAAAAUGUCAAGUAUUAUAAGCUGGUAUUUAAGAUGCUUGUAAAUAUUAUUUAUGUUUUUAAUUUUGUAAAAUAAAGAUGUCUUUUUAACAACCA